AUGAAUAUAAUUUAUGAAUUUGAUGCUGGUUUUAUAGAAUUAGUAUCAUCUCGUCAACAGAAUAAAGAUACGAUACAUUAUGGCAUGACUACGUGUGCACUUUAUCGUGUAACACUUGACUAUUUAAAAUCAACAUAUAAUGUAGAUACAGCAUAUUUAGAUACAAAAUUUGAUGAAGCUAAUGGCCAAUGUCAAGAAGAUAUUAUUCAAAGUAUAAUAAGUCUAUUAAAAACUUCUCAAAUGAAAGGUAUUAAUCCAUGGCUUUAUUCAGCCACAGUUAAAAUAAUAGCUUCAGCAAAUACAAAAACAGAUUUAAAGGAAAUGUUUAAAGAAGCAAGUCAUUUCGAUAGUGAAUCAUUUAUUGGAGGCUCAAAAUUAAUUAUGAAAAGAUAUCAAUCAACAUUAGAUGCCAUUUUAAAAUCUGAUAAUUAUGAUCAAAGACGCAAAACAUUCGGUGAAAUGUUACAUACAAUACAAGAUUUUUAUAGUCAUACAAAUUAUAUUGAACUAGCCUAUGAUUCACCCAGUGAUGUCCUUGCUGAAAGAAUUUUUGGAGCAAAUGAAUUUGCAUCGGCUGAUAUGAGAACAUAUAUUAGUUGUGAUGGACAACAAUGUCAAAUAAAUACAAAUAUCGAUCAAAGUGUACUCAAAACGAAAUUACUUACAAGUGGCUAUUUUAUACUACUUGGUUUUAACUUCUUGAAAAAAUUUAAACCAAAAGGAAAAUGUUCACAUGGUGGUUCAUUUGAUAGUACAGAAGAUGAUGAACCAAAAAGUGGCAUUAAUAAAGAUAAAUUAAAUUCUAUUCAUGGUCAUUUACAUUAUCAAGCAGCAAGCAUUGCUUAUAAAGCUACUGUAAACAUUUUAAGACAACUUCAACAAGAGAUUGCUAAGGAUUUAUCAAUUAAUAUUGUUAAUCAAUAUGGUCAGUCAGAAUUUGCUCCACAUAAUUAUAUAUUAAUAUCAUUCAAUAAUACGAAUGCGACAACAAUUAUUAAUACUCGUAAGCCAAAUGACUUAAUUAUUGCUAUUCAAAAGUUGAAUUCCUGUGAAAAUUAUACAUCAGCAUUAGAUGGAAUGUACUAUAGUAGUCUUAUCGAAGGAUUGAUACAAUCAGAAUAUUCAUCAGUUAUGUAUACAUUUUCAGAUACAUCAGCAAGUGAUAGUUAUCUAAAAUAUCCAGCACGUGCUUUACUUAGAAAUAAAGAAGUUGUUAUUUAUUCAUUUUUGGGUCAACAAAUGAAGAGACUUUUACUUUUAAAUAAACUUGAUUUUAUUGAUCAAUUAGAUCAAAAUUAUGAUGGUUCAGAUUUACCAUCAAUUAGUGGUGGUCUUACGUAUCCUAUUACUAUCAAUGAUAAACCUGUCAUUUUAGAAUUUAUAAUUCGUCGAUUAGAAUGGACACGAUUGCAAACUUUAGUUCUUCUUAAAUCUAAUUCAACAUCAAUUGUAUUUUAUGUUGAUUCAUCAACUGACGAACUUCAUAUUGAUAUAUCAUCAACAGGUUAA